AUGCUCAUUGUACAUCAUCUGCAACGAUCUCAAUCCGAGCGCAUUGUCUGGCUGUGCGAGGAACUGGGCAUCCCCUACGAGCUCAGAACCUACCAGCGCGAUGCAAAAACCCUUUUAGCACCGCCAGAAUUGCAGCAGUUACAUCCCACCCAAGCCGCCCCCGUCAUCCAAGACGGCACCACCACCCUCGCCGAAUCCGGCGCCAUCGUCGAGUACAUCCUGACCAAAUACGGGAAGGGGAAAUUGACCGUGCCUCCCACCGCAGACAACUACGCAGAUUACCUGUACUUCUUACACUUUGCCAACGGAUACUUCCAGCCCGCGCUGGUGGGGUACUCCACGGUCCUCCGAUCGGGGAUCUCCCGCGACGAUCCGAGCGCGAGAUUCGCACGCCGCAAUUUCGAGCAGGCGUUAAGGGUCUUGGACGAUCGCCUGGCGAAGCAUACAUGGCUGGCGGGGGAGGAGUUCACAGCGGCCGAUGUCAUGAACGUGUUCACGUUGACGACUGCGCGGUUGUUCUUCCCUUAUAGAUUGGCGGGAUAUGAGGGGAUUCUGGGCUAUUUGCAGAGGGUUAGCCAGCGGGAGGCGUAUCAGACUGCUAUGGCGAAGGGGGAUCCUGGAUUGAUUCCCUUGAUUCAUGGUGACAACCCUCGGCCGAUCAGGUUAUAG